AUGCUGAAACAUAUAUCUAAAAAUGCAUCAAAAAAUUUAAUGAAUUUAAUAUAUAAAGAAACAUCAUUAAACUCUUUACCAAUAUCAAUACCAUCUACAAAAAUUAAUUCAAAACAACAAAAUAUUAAUUCAAAAAUAUCAACAUUAUCCACUCAAUUAUACUCAAAUAAUGAAUAUAAUGAACAAAAAGAACAAUUUGAAUUCCUAAAAAACAUAAAAUUAAAACAAAAACAAAAUUCAAAACUUCUUUUGAAUUCAACUAAUAUUGGGAAGUUACCAUUGUUAACAAUAAAUUUAAAAAAUCAAUUUUUAACAAAAUUGGAUUUUCAAAAUUUAUUACCUGAGGAAAGAUAUUCUAAAUUUGAUAUUUCAGUCCAUGAUCCAUUUCAAAUUAUAAAAUUUAGACAAUUUAAAACAUUAGAAUUUAAUAAUGAAUAUUUGUUAAUUUUUGAAAAUAGAUUGUAUGCAUUAGUAUUCCUCGAAGAGCUACAAUCUAAAAUUUUAAAUGGUAUUGAUUUGAAAUUUAAAUUCUAUGAAGGUCAUUCAUUUAUUUUUAAUUUUAUGAUCAGUUAUCCUCAUCAAUUAAAAAAUGAGACGAGUGUUUGUAUUAAAGAUUUGAAUUUUCAAAAAACUGGUUCAAUUGAUGAAAUUUUAAAAAUAGAUAAACACAAUUAUAAAGUUUUAAAUCAUAUUUUACAAAUAGAUGAAAAUUCUAAAUCAGUUAUCGUUAAGAAUUGGCCAUUCGGUUUAAAAAAUUCAACUAUUUUAAAAUUAUUAAGAAAUUAUAAUUUAAAAGUUGACAACCCAAUUGAGACUGUAUUUUCAAAUAUUAAUUUAGGUAUAAAUAUUAUAAAAUUAAAUUUUGUUAACGUAGAAGAUACUUUUAAAUUUUGGAAUGAUUUUAAUGGAUUGAAUAGUUGGCAAUUCUUACAACUUUAUGGUGGAAGAAGUAUUGAGAAGAAAAAUUAUGUUCCAUUAAUUGUUGAAUUUAUAUAA